AUGAGGGCCGCCUCGCCGCCCGGGAUGAUGCCGCGGCCGCUGGGGAGCAGCGCCGCCUUCAGCAUCGACGCGCUCAUCGGCAGCCCGCCGCCGCCCAGCCCGGGCCACUUCGUCUACGCCGGCUACCCCAUGUUCAUGCCCUACCGGCCCGUGGUGCUGCCCCCGCCGCCGCCCCCGCCGCCCCCGCCGGCCCUGCCGCCCGCCCCGCCGCCGCCCCACGCCCUGCCCGGCCUGCCCGGCGGCUUCUGCUCCGGCAUGGCGCUCACCUCCACGCUCAUGGCCACGCUGCCCGGCGCCUUCGCCGCCCAGCACCAGGAGGCCGCCCGCAAGUUCGCCCCGCCGGCGCUGCCCGGCAACUUCGACAAGGCCGACGGCGCCCAGGCCGAGGCGGAGGACGGCAAGGCGUUCCUGGCCAAGGACGGCUCGCUGCUGGCCUUCGCGGCCGCCGAGGCGGUGCAGGCCUCGCUGGGGGCCGUCCGAGCAGCGGCGGGGAAGGAGGAGGCCAAAGGCGGCGGCGGCGGCGAGGAGGAGGAGGCCAAGGGCGCUAAGGACGAGAGCUUCUCCAUGGACAGCGACCUGGACUACAGCUCGGACGACAAUCUGCCCGGGCCGGCGGCCCACAAGGAGGGCGAGGGCGGCGGCGGCGCGGAGGAGGGCGGCCCCAGCGCGGCGGCGGGGCCCGGCGGCACCACCUCGACGGGCAAGAACCGGCGGCGGCGCACGGCCUUCACCAGCGAGCAGCUGCUGGAGCUGGAGAAGGAGUUCCACUGCAAGAAGUACCUCUCGCUGACCGAGCGCUCGCAGAUCGCGCACGCCCUCAAGCUGAGCGAGGUGCAGGUCAAGAUCUGGUUCCAGAACCGGCGCGCCAAGUGGAAACGGGUCAAGGCCGGCAACGCCAACUCCAAGACCGGCGAGCCUUCGCGGAACCCCAAGAUCGUCGUCCCCAUCCCGGUCCACGUCAGCAGGUUCGCCAUCCGCAGCCAACACCAGCAGCUGGAGCAGGCCCGGCCCUGA